CGGCGGCGUGGGGGGUGGGGGGGGGGCGGAGCUGUCCCGGCACAGACGGAGCGGAGUUUUCCGGGAGGCACCGCUGCCAGGAGGCGGCGGAGGGACGGAGCGGGCCGAGGAGGCGCUAGCGGAGGUGGCGGGAAGAGGGCCGGUGCCGAUGCCGAGGAGCAGCUGACGGCGGCGGGGACGCGGAAAUGGAGCCGCGGCCGGGCCGGGCCGUGCGGGCGCUGUGCGGCCUCUUCCUCCUCCUCCUCCUCGUCCUGCAGCAUCCCGGCCGCGCCGAGCGAGCCCCCGGCUCCCACCUGGACGACUCGGCCAUCGCAGAGUUCUGCCGCAUUGACAAGGCCCUGUGCCACGACGAGGACGAGCAGCUGAGCUUCGAGGCCGUGCGCAACAUCCACAAGCAGAUGGACGACGACGCCAACGGCAACGUGGACGUGGAGGAGAGCGACGAGUUCUUGAGGGAAGACUUGAAUUACCAUGACCCAGCAGUCAAGCACAGCACUUUCCAUGGAGAGGACAAGCUCAUCAGUGUGGAAGACCUCUGGAAGGCCUGGAAAACAUCUGAAGUGUACAACUGGACGGUGGACGAGGUGGUGCAGUGGCUCAUUUCCUACGUGGAGCUGCCCCAGUACGAGGAGACCUUCCGCAAGCUGCAGCUCAGCGGCCACGCCAUGCCCAGGCUGGCAGUGAACAACGCCACCAUGAUGGGCACUGUGCUCAAGAUGACCGACCGCAGCCACCGGCAGAAGCUGCAGCUCAAGGCUCUGGACACGGUGCUCUUCGGGCCUCCUCUGUUGACUCGUCAUAACCACCUCAAGGACUUCAUGCUGGUGGUGUCCAUCGUCAUCGGCGUGGGCGGCUGCUGGUUCGCCUACAUCCAGAACCGCUACUCCAAGGAGCACAUGAAGAAGAUGAUGAAGGACCUGGAGGGUCUCCACAGGGCUGAGCAGUCUCUCCAUGACCUGCAGGAGAGGCUGCAGAAGGCGCAGGAGGAGCACCGCUCCGUGGAGGUGGAGAAGGUGCACCUGGAGAAGAAGCUGCAGGACGAGAUCAGCAUUGCCAAGCAGGAGGCGCACAGGCUGCGGGAGCUGCGCGAGGGCACCGAGAACGAGCUCAGCCGGCAGAAAUACGCCGAGCAGGAGCUGGAGCAGGUGCGGAUGGCGCUGAAGAACGCGGAGAAGGAGCUGGAGUCCCACUGCAGCUGGGCUGCCCCCGAGGCCCUGCAGAAGUGGCUGCAGCUGACCCACGAGGUGGAGGUGCAGUACUACAACAUCAAGAAGCAGAACGCAGAGAAGCAGCUGCUGGUGGCCAAGGAAGGGGCUGAAAAGAUCAAAAAGAAGCGAAACACCCUUUUUGGGACGUUCCAUGUUGCUCACAGUUCCUCUCUGGAUGAUGUGGAUCAUAAAAUCCUGACUGCAAAACAAGCGCUGAGCGAGGUGACGGCGGCGCUGCGGGAGCGGCUGCACCGCUGGCAGCAGAUCGAGCUGCUCUGCGGCUUCCAGAUCGUCAACAACCCCGGCAUCCCCUCGCUGGCCUCGGCCCUCAACAUCGACCCGGGCUGGAUGGGCACGCCCCGGCCCAACCCCUCGCACUUCAUCAUCACCGACGACGUGGAUGACCUGGACGAGGAGCUGGUGUCACCCAUGUCCAUCCAAUAUGCAGCCUGGCUUUUCGGGCGCAGGUUCAGCGACCGCUCCUCGCUGUCCUCGGAGGAUCAGUCCCUCUGGAAAUACCCUGCUCCGGCCUUGCCCAGCACAGUCCGGCAGCGCCUGGUGGAGCCGCAGCACGGCCACGGAUCGCAGAGGUUGGUAGAGAGUCUCGUGCCGGGGCAGCCAGAGGCGGGCCCCGUGGCCCCGCUGCGGGCGGGCCGAGUGUCCCUGCGCCGAAUGCACAGCCUCACCUCCGGACAGUCCUUCGGCUCCGACCCGCCCGGCUCCAGCCCAUCGCCUGCCUCCACCUCCUCCACCUCCUGCUCCUCAUCCACCACCACCGCACCUGCUCCUGCUUGCCAUGUCCACCCUAUCUAUUACCAUCACACCACCUCUUAUUUCCUCCAGAUGGAUUCCAUCCCCGACCUGCCCCCUCCUGAUGUCACCUCUGGAGUUCGCUGUCGCACUGGGAGCUUUGGAGAUUUAACUCGCUGCGACUCCGACUCCUCCAUCCCGCACCUGAGCGACCACCAGCGUAUCCCCAGCUCGGCGCCCAAGCUGCUGGCUGCCCGGCCCACGCUGCUGACCAGGUCCAUGGAGGAGGCUGUCCCCGGGCCCCCGGGCCCCGGCGCGCCCACGCCCAACGGCGGCAGCCGGCACGGGGAGCCCUCCGCCCUGGCGGCUUUGCAGGAGCGGCUGCCCGAGAGCCCCAUGGUGAUGAAGAAGAUGAUGACGGUGAACCACGGCAUGGAGAAGUCCUCCAGCCUGGGGGAGAUCAGCCACCCGACGGCCGGCAAGCCCAGCCACUCGGAUUCGUCCCGGUCGCACAGCCCCAGCUCCACCGACCCCGACACCCCCUCCCCCAUCUCUGACUGCCGGCCCAGCGGCGCCAGGAACACCCGCAUCCCGCAGCUGGCCGCCAAGAAGAGUCCGGGGGACGAGGACAGCAGCCUGACGGGCGACGAGGUUGACCUCGGCCAGAGCAAGAAAAAGUUCCCCCUAAAGAUCUUCAAGAAGCCCAAGAAGUAGGGGGGGAGACCCCCGGACGCGUCCCGCCGGGCCCGGGGCCGGCCGUGCACCGGGAACGCAGCGCGGCCCCGGCACCCCCCGCACCCCGAGUCACCCCGGCGCCGGCACGGGAGGAGCUAUUUAAACUUAUUUAUUUCCUCAUCUCCGAGACGAGAAGCGCGAUGCCGCCGGCUCCCCGCGAGAAGAGCCGCCCCUGCCCUCCCUCCGACUGCUGCGGUCCUGGCUUUGCUGUGCAUGGCUUCCAGUUACUCCUGCUCUGCUCAGCCACGCGGCCUUUGGGUUUGGUUUCAAUGUGUUUUUUUUUUUCUUUUUUUAAUUUUAUUUUUUAUUGUUGUUAUUAAUUUGUUUUCCUGCCUCCUCCGACUUUUGCACAGGCUGAGGGCGGGCCGGGGCGGCGCCGGCCGCUCCGCGCUGCCCCCGGGGUGACUCCGGUCGCAGCGGUUCUCCCUCAUUUCUCCGAGUCACUUUCCCAGCCCGGCCCCUCGGCUGCCUGGGAAGGGGAUCGCCUCCGAGCAGCUCUCGCUGCGCAGGAGCAGGGGAGGACUCUGCUCUUGCCGGUACUUGUGUGCUCCCGGUGCCCACGGCCACAGGGGGCCAGGGGAUGGGGCUGUCCCCGCACCGCUCUGCCCGGUGCUUGGGAAGGUCGGGACACGGGGCGGGAGGGGCCCAUGCCUGUCCCCGGCUGUACUUCCCCGGGCACCGGGGUGCCCUGCUCUGCUCCGAACCCGCCGUGCCUGGGACCCGGCUCAGGGCCCUGGUGACAGGGACAGUGAGGGAAGGGCCCUUGUGACAGGGACAGUGAGGGAAGGGCCCUGGUGACAGGGACAGUGAGGGAAGGGCCCUUGUGACAGGGACAGUGAGGGAAGGGCCCUUGUGACAGGGACAGUGAGGGAAGGGCCCUGCUGAUAGGGACAGUGAGGGAAGGGCUCUGCUGACAGGGACAGUGAGGGAAAGGCCCUGCUGACAGGGACAGUGAGGGGAAGGCCAUCCUGAGGGGUGUAGGUGCAGAGCCCAGUCCAGCCGCCACAUCCACACGGAGUGGAGAGGGCUCCCAGGAGCAGGUCCCCUGUCCCUUGUUCCCUGUCGUGGCUGGGUAGGGCCAGAGGGAGGGACCAGGACACAGCGGGGCUCUCCAGGGCAGGGGACAGGCUGUGCCUGGGGGGAGGACCAUGACAGAGUCCUCCCCUAGAGGAGGCCGGGUGCUGGGGGCUCUGUGCCCCCCCCUGAGGACACAGGAGGCUCACACAGGCAGUGUCCCCCUUGCCCUGAGGCCACACACCGGGGUAUCCCUGGCUGUGCCAGCCUGACCUGGGGCUCAUUCCAUCCUGAGCUGCUCCUAGGGGCUCUCCUGUCCUCCUUCAUUGUGGGUCACAUCCUGCUGCUCACAGCCCCUGGCUCACCUCGGCGUGGCCCCAGCACAGCCCCAGCCACUGUGGAGUCCCUACAGAGGGUAGCAGCUGUGGCUGCGUUCCAGUCCCUGCGAGGGCUGAGCCUGUUCUGAGGGAUGAGCCCUGCCCCAUCCCUUGCUCCCCUUUCCCAGCUCCUCCAGGAGCAUCCCCCUGCCCUGGGGCUGCCAGGGGAGCCCCCAAGCCCCUUCCCACCUGAUUCGAGGCGGCUCCCUGGCACCACAUGACCCCCUAGCCGGGGGUCCCUGUCCUCAGCACCCCCUCCAUCCCCAGACCAUCGUCCCACACAUCCUUGGGGGUGGGCAGGGGGCUGCUCCUGCCAAGGCAGAGGAGAAUGCACGAUGGGGGGAGGAGGAGGAAGAGGAGGCUGAGAGCCCCUGGGGCCUUGCUUUAUGCCAGAGUAAUAUAUUUGUGUCUUGACAAUUCAGGAAGGGCUACAAAGGUGUUUUUUGUUCCGUAGGCAGGAGUUAAACGAUUUCACUGUUGCUUUGGGAUAAGUAAAAAAUUCCUCUCAAUGACUUUAAGUGCCUGCAUUUCCCUGGGGAUGGGGGGACGUGCUCGGCCCCACAACAGGGCUGCUGCCUGGGCACCCCGAUUCUGUGGGCACCCCAGUUUGUGGGCACCCCGAUUCAUGGGCACCCCAGUCCAUAGGCACCCUGAUUUGUGGGCACUCCAAUGCCGUGGGCACCCCGAUUUAUGGGCACUCCAGUUCAUGGGCAUCCUGAUUCUGUGGGCACCCCAAUUUAUGGGUACCCCGAUCUGUGGGCACCGUGAUUUGUGGGCACCCUGAUUUAUUGGCACCCCGACUUGUGGGCAUCCCAAUUUAUGGGUACCCCGAUCUGUGGGCACCCUGAUUUGUGGGCUCCCCGAUUUAUUGGCACCCUGAUUUGUGGGCACCCUGCAGGGUGUCUCCCAGGCAGGGCCCCGGGGAGCGGGGCCAGCAGGGUCGGGGCCAGAGCUGCUUGUGGUGGCAGAGACCUGUGGAUGCUUCUGGAGAAGGGGUUGGGGAUCCACCAAACGGCAACUGUUGACACAUCUGCCAACUCUUGAUUUAAGGUGGUUUUUGUUUUUUGUCAUUUCAUAAAACUUUUCAAUCCAAUAAAGCAUGUAGUCUAUUUUACGA